CCACCUCCUCAUCCUCAUCCUCCACCUCCUCAUCCUCAUCCUCCACCUCCUCAUCCUCAUCCUCCACCUCCUCAUCCUCAUCCUCCACCUCCUCAUCCUCCACCUCCUCAUCCUCCACCUCCUCAUCCUCAUCCUCCACCUCCUCAUCCUCCACCUCCUCAUCCUCCACCUCCACCUCCUCAUCCUCCACCUCCACCUCCUCAUCCUCAUCCUCCACCUCCUCAUCCUCAUCCUCAUCCUCCACCUCCUCAUCCUCCACCUCCUCAUCCUCAUCCUCCACCUCCUCAUCCUCAUCCUCCACCUCCUCAUCCUCAUCCUCAUCCUCCACCUCCUCAUCCUCAUCCUCCACCUCCUCCUCCUCCUCCUCCACCUCCUCCUCCUCCACCUCCACCUCCUCCUCCUCCACCUCCUCCUCCUCCACCUCCUCCUCCUCCACCUCCUCCUCCUCAUCCUCCACCUCCUCCUCCUCAUCCUCCACCUCCUCCUCCUCAUCCUCCACCUCCUCCUCCUCAUCCUCCACCUCCUCCUCCUCAUCCUCCACCUCCUCCUCCUCAUCCUCCACCUCCUCCUCCUCAUCCUCCACCUCCUCCUCCUCAUCCUCCACCUCCUCCUCCUCAUCCUCCACCUCCUCCUCCUCAUCCUCCACCUCCUCCUCCUCCUCCUCCACCUCCUCCUCCUCCUCCUCCACCUCCUCCUCCUCCUCCUCCUCCUCCUCCUCCUCCUCCUCCACCUCCUCCUCCUCCUCCUCCACCUCCUCCUCCUCAUCCUCCACCUCCUCCUCCUCAUCCUCCACCUCCUCCUCCUCAUCCUCAUCCUCCACCUCCUCAUCCUCAUCCUCCUCAUCCUCCACCUCCUCAUCCUCAUCCUCCACCUCCUCAUCCUCCACCUCCUCAUCCUCAUCCUCCACCUCCUCCUCCUCCACCUCCUCAUCCUCAUCCUCCACCUCCUCCACCUCCUCAUCCUCAUCCUCCACCUCCUCAUCCUCAUCCUCCACCUCCUCAUCCUCAUCCUCCUCCUCCUCAUCCUCAUCCUCCACCUCCUCAUCCUCAUCCUCCACCUCCUCAUCCUCAUCCUCCACCUCCUCAUCCUCAUCCUCCACCUCCUCAUCCUCCACCUCCUCAUCCUCAUCCUCCACCUCCUCAUCCUCAUCCUCCACCUCCUCAUCCUCAUCCUCCACCUCCUCAUCCUCAUCCUCCACCUCCUCAUCCUCCACCUCCUCAUCCUCAUCCUCCACCUCCUCAUCCUCAUCCUCCACCUCCUCAUCCUCAUCCUCCACCUCCUCAUCCUCAUCCUCCACCUCCUCCUCCUCAUCCUCCACCUCCUCAUCCUCCACCUCCUCCUCCUCCUCCUCCACCUCCUCCUCCUCCACCUCCACCUCCUCCUCCUCCACCUCCUCCUCCACCUCCUCCUCCUCCACCUCCUCCUCCUCCACCUCCUCAUCCUCCACCUCCUCAUCCUCCACCUCCUCAUCCUCCACCUCCUCAUCCUCCACCUCCUCAUCCUCCCACCACGUAUGAGUACAUCGGGGGUAAACAGAGAAAGAGUAAGAGAAAAGGAGAGCAAAAGAGUGCGAAUGAGACACAAAGGCCAAAAAUUCACACUCAAAAUUCAAAAGUCACUAUUCGGAACGAUGAAAUAGAUUUUUAUUUAUCAGGGAAGUUAAAGAAAGUCUCGGCACCGUUAGUCGUAGAGGAGUUCGUAGGCAGCAGAGCCUGGUGUCAGACCUUGGUGCCAGAACUGUGGCACUGUGGACGCGCUGGCCGACACGCACACCCAGAGGAUGCAACGUCUCAUGACCAGGGUGCAUGA